CCUUGUUAGGUAUCUGUUUUUCCCUAACGCCACGCCAUGCCUAUGGUCUCUUCUGCUGUUAAGAAGCAGAUUGGUUUAACAGUGGCCUUGGCAAUGCAGCCAUCAAUGCUGGUCCUCAUCGCCACCGGUGUGAGGGUCUCGAGCUCAGGGAUUCUGGACCUGCUGGAUUUGCUCUCAUUGUUAGUCCAGAUUUGUCAAAUGGAAAUUCUGAGGUGAGUUAUCAAUAGCCGUUAGCCAAGAACAAGAUUUUUACUCUCUCUGUUUGUCGUUUUAAAAUUCAUGGGUUUUGUUUGAUAUUGUUUGAAAUCUAUAUUUUCAAUAAAAUAAAGCUCAACUGAUGAGAAAUUUCAGGAUUUGCUUUAAUUGUCUUAAGUGACCUUCUUUAAUAUAAUAGGGAAACAGGA